CUGGCGAAUGGCCAAAUGAGUUCUGGCCGAUAAUACCUUAUGUUUUUUGUUUUACAGGCCGAGAAACACUUGCAAAUUCGUCAGGAUGCUGAACAAAGAUAUAUUACCAUGCUGGAGAAGGCCUGUAAAAUGCUUGCUGAUCAAUUCAUCGGUGAUGUAGUUACUGAAAAUCAUCAAGAGACUUACCAAGGAUUAGGAACAAAGACACAACUUAGUCCUUUAUGUAAUCCAAACGGAUUGUGUCCCUCGGAUUCUGCUGACCUUAUUGGAGUCCAUGGACCGGAAGAAGUUUCCCCCAGAAUCCAUCCACAGCGCACGGAUUGCUCCACUGAAAGCUGCUUAACUUCACAUGAGAGCCCAGCUGGACUUCCUCUAGAAGGAUCUUCACCUGGAGGGAAAAAACGAGGGCUAAGCGGAGAUUCAACACAUGCAUCAUAUGUUUGGGGUGAAGCUGAUAUGAGAUCAUCAGGUGUUCACGCGAUACCGGUUAAUUGCUUCGGGAUUACUGGCUCUAACGUUCAAAAUGUCUCGAAUUAAGAGAUUAGGCCAAGUUCGUUUGCAGUCUUUGAUUUGCACAUUGCAGUUUCUGGAUAUUCCAAUGAGCUCAACUUAAAGCUGUGUAAAUCUAAGCUGAUGUUAGUCCAACUCUUUACUGCAUCUUUUGUGAAAUCUUAGAUCCUAAAGAAAGGGAAGAAAAUUGAGAUAUCA